AUGACUGCACUCGCACGUAUCGACUUACCCCGAUAUGCACCUACUCAUUCGACGUAUGAGCAUGGAAGCACAAGUGGCAACAGACAAGAUCUUCAUGAAGUUCAGAUGGAAGGAAAUAUCCCUCACGUCGACCACAAUCAGGAUGCUUUCAGUGAUGAAGAUAUUCCAGAUAAUCGAUCAUUUAUCCAUAGGAGCUAUCAUAAUUGUGCAAGAAAUUUUCAUGAAAGUGAAAGGUUCCAAAGAAUGCAGUUCCCUGCUCCAACUACAUGUAGACAUUGCAACGCAAGAUUGUUCCACCGUGAAACAUCUACCAUGUGUUGUAAUAAUGGAACAAUUAUUUUGCCACCAGUAACAGCUCCAAAUGAGAUGAUUGGUAUUUUCUCUGACCAAACAGUGGAAGGUCGUCAUUUCAGACAAAAUAUUCGAGCCUACAAUCAUGUUUUCUCAUUCACUUCAAUGGGUGUUCAUGUUGAUGAAAACUUAGCAACAAGAACUCGAGGUGUGUACACGUUUCGUGCACAAGGAGCCAUAUAUCAUAAGAUUGGGAGUCUCUUACCAAAUUCUAGCGACAGACCGAGAUAUUUGCAACUGUAUGUUUAUGACACUGACCACGAGAAUGAGAAUCAAAUGUCUGAAAAUGAAGAAUUGCACUUGGAUUUGCUUGACAAGAUAAAGAAUAUUUUAAAUACUCAUAAUCCAUUUGUACACACGUUCCGCCAAUUGGCUCAGCGUCUAGACAUACAUGAAUGCAGACUUCAAAUCAAAGAGCAACCACGUAAUAGGCCCCAAUACAACCUUCCUACUGCUCCUGAAGUUGCUGCAGUUUUAGUAGGUGGCGAAGAAGCUGGAAAUUUAAAACCAAGAGAUAUCAUUGUCCAAUCAACCAGUGGUCACCUCCUAAAUAUUUCUGAUAUUGUUGGAUACUAUGAUCCAUUACAGUAUCCUCUGUUGUUACCCUACGGUAACGACAUUCGCCCUGGUGAUCAAUCUCUUUUUCUUCGAGGAGGUCGUCUCUUACAGCAGUAUGUUGUAGAUAAUUGCGUGAAGAUUGAGUCCAACAAAUUAAGAUGGAUACGUACUCAUCAGAAUCACAUUCGAGCAGAUUUUUAUCAAGGUCUUCUAGAUGCAAUACAUGCUGGUGAAAAUUAUGGAGGUAAUGUUGGUCAUAGAACAAUAUUUCCAUCGUCAUUUGUUGGUAGCCCACGAGACAUGUAUCAGCGAUAUCAAGAUGCAAUGGCUCUGGUCCAAAAGUAUGGAAAACCUGAUCUUACCUGCAAUCCAAAUUGGCCUGAAAUUAAAGCUGAGUUGCUACCUGGACAGUCACCACAUGAUCGUCCUGAUUUGCUAACAAGAAUAUUUAAUUCAAAAUUUGAUGAGAUGAAGACCGACAUUCUUACAAAACAUGUACUCGGGAAGGUUCUGGCGUAUGCAUAUGUUAUUGAGUACCAGAAAAGAGGCUUACCACAUGCCCACAUGGUCAUUAUUUUGGAUGAAAAUGAUAAGUUACGCACUCCUAACGAUUAUGAUAACAUUGUCAGAGCUGAAAUUCCAGACAAGAGAUUAGAGCCUAGAUUAUACAGUGCAGUUCUGAAACACAUGAUACAUGGCCCAUGUGGAAUGUACAAUGAACGGUCCCCGUGUAUGACAAAUGGUCGGUGCAAAAGACGUUUCCCAAAGCCAUUUUCUUCAAUUACUACACUUGGAAACGAUUCAUAUCCUAUUUAUCGAAGAAGAGAAGGGGAGUCAGUUCCUUUAGAGAGUAAUCCAAGCAUCUUGGUGGAUAAUAGUUGGGUCAUUCCAUACAACCCAUGGUUGCUCUUGAAAUAUGAUUGUCAUAUCAAUCUUGAAAUUUGCAGUAGUGUUACAAGUGUGAAGUAUUUAUACAAAUAUGUUUAUAAAGGGCCUGACCGUGUUGCACUAGAAGUUCGUCAAGGUCCUAAUUAUGACGAAGUACAACAGUUCAUAGAUGGAAGAUGGGUUUGUGCUCCAAAAGCAUUAUGCAAAGUAUUCAAAUUCCUAAUGACCAAAAUGACCUCUAGUGUAAAAUGCCUCCAAAUACACUUACCAAAUAAGCAUCAAGUGAGAUUUUAUACAUUUCAAGACAUCACAAAUGUUUUAGGAGAUGAGUAUUAUUCCAGAACAAUGCUUACCCAAUUCUUUCAAUUAAAUGUUGAUGAUGAAACUGCAAAUCGAUACUUAUAUCGAGAGAUACCGCAACACUAUAGAUAG